AUGGCUUCAACCUCCAGAAGACGACUGAUCUCAUACCAGCCAUUGAGCUUCCUCUACAAGCUAUUCCACAUCUGCUCCGUCAUUGCGAGAAUUCCGUCAUGGCUGCUGCAAUAUGCCCUUUUCCGGCCUCACCCAAAAUGGACUCUCCGCCAGAGCCUCCUGGUCCGGAUCCUUCACGAGCUGGUGUACAUGGACAGUAUGACGGAAACGGCACAACCGCUUUCUCUGCAUCCCGGAAAAGAAAAGAACAGGUUCCUGGUGAUAGAGCCAGCCUCGGCAGCCUUCUACAAAGGGCCACUGGAAGUUGAAGGCAUACACCCCGCCGCUGUCGGCACAACCUGGUACCCACGCACCGACCUCCACCCGCGCGAUCGCUACUCCAUCACGUCCGUGAUCCUCCACCUCCACGGCGGGGCUUUCAUCCAAGGCGACGGGCGAACCUCGCAACUCUCUUUCCUGGCCUCCACGCUACUCGUUCAUGCCGACGUGUCCUGCAUCUUCGCCCCGCAGUACCGGCUUUCCUGCCGUCCGGGAAGCCACCCGUUUCCCGCUGCGCUCCAGGAUGCGCUGACGAGCUACCUGUAUUUGAUCCACGACCUCGGCAUUCCCGCGUCCCACAUCACCCUGUCCGGCGACAGCGCAGGUGGUAACCUCGCCAUCGCCCUCGUGCGCUAUCUCACUUUCUUCGGCGCCGAACUGUCUAUUCCUCUCCCCGACAACGUGGUCCUCCUCUCCCCCUGGGUCUCCCUCGUAAACAGCCUCGCUUCCGAUGCCCGACAACAGCUCAACCCCCACUUCAAAACCGAUAUCCUGCCCCCUUCUUUCGUCCGCUGGGGCGCCGAGGCCUAUUCCCGCCUCGUCCCGGCUUCGGAUCCGUAUAUUUCCUCGCUAGGCCACCCCUUCGCUACUUCUGUGCCUAUCUUCGUCAACUUCGGUUCUGCAGAAUUGCUGCAGGUUGAUGGCAAGCGCUGGGUCGAGGAGAUGAGGGGCGUGCAGGGGGGUGAGGUAGUGAUUGAGUAUGAGGAGGCCGCGCCUCAUGAUACUUUGCUAGUGGGGGAUAUGAUAGACUGGAAGCACAGCGCUGAAGGGGUGGCUGCCAAGAUUGGGGUGUUUAUUCGGGUUGCAAGAUAG